AUGAAGAGCUUUGUUGCCAUUGCCGGCGUCGCUGGUGUCGCUUUGAGCGCCCCGCUGCGUCAAUGCCCGCCCAGCGAAUGGUUCUGCAACGAACCGGUCCAUCCAGAUGAAAUAUACGUUGACUACGAAGAUGCCGGCACCACUGCAGAGCCCUCGCCAGUCUACUCCGUAUACUCCCCUGAUGAAGUCUUCUCAAGCACCAUUGAGGCGACUAGCUCUGCUUCUCCAUCAAGCGUCGAGGAAAGCAGUCCUGUCGAGCUCAGCAGCACGCUGAUCACCGAGCCAUCAUUCGUCAAGCCCAGCACCACGCUGAUCACCGAGCCUGCCUCUGAGGCUGGUUCCCCGCAUUUCACGGCGCCGACUACUCUCUAUCAGACAGAGACGCUGACAUUCAAGUACUGGCAGGACGGUGAGCUCAACACGGUGACGACGACGGUGGUCGAUUCGGUGGUGAUUGAGCAGCCGGUGGAUACGAACCUGCCCGCUAUAUUUACUGAGUACGUCACUAGUACGGAGUGGCUUGCCGAUUGGCCCACCGCUACCGCUAGCUACGUCGCUGAUCACACGUCCGACCCGGCUCCAUCCCUUAGCUCCGCCAAGACUCUAUACAAGACACAUCCCGUCCCCAGCCCAUCGUCAUCCGUCAAGCCUGCUGCACCGAGCUAUACCCCUACCACGGGCGGUCCAACCCGCGAUGGCACCUGUGGCGGUGAUAAGGGCUAUUCGUGCAUCGGCUUCCGUUUCGGCGAGUGCUGCAGCUCGUAUAACUGGUGCGGAGGCUCUGACCUUUUCUGCGGCGCUGGAUGCCAGGAGGGCUUCGGAAAUUGCGGCGGCAUCUCUCCGAGCAGCAACAGCACUCCUGUCGAGCAUGAGGAGACCCAGGAGACUCACAGCUUCGUUGCGCGGCAGGACUCAAAUCCCUGGUACGAAUACUUCGCUGCUAAAGCAGAACGUGAGUCCAAGCCGACCGCGGCACCGACCAGGCCUUCUCCGGAGCCAGAAGCAUCUCCUGUAGCCGAAGAGCGACCGAUGGAAACUGUUUGGUUCCCGGAUGCGGCCAAUCAGCGAAGGCCUGAUUUCGGGAAGGGUCCCACGCCAGUCAAUGCUAACGUCCCGGCCCGCGUGAAGUUCUUGAAGGCUUGGAAGAUGCUUCAGAAGCUCAAGGCUGCCCUAGCUGCCCAGGCUGCUUCUACUACGGCCACGGGUGUCAGUGUCUCCCCUGCCACUUCCUCUAUCGCUUCCUCUAUCGCUUCCUCUACCGCUUCCUCUACCGCUUCCUCUACCGCUUCCUCUACCACUUUGUCUGCCCAGACUUCGUCUACCCGAACUUCGUCAUCCCGGACUUCGUCAUCCCAGACUUCAUCAUCGAGCUCCACCACCUCCGCCGGUGGUGCUUCUACUUUCCCUGAUUUCAUUCUCGUCGAGGCCACGGGGCCCGCUUUUACUGUCAACAUUGAUCCCGUCCCGACGCUCACGCUGGAGAGCGGGUUCGAGGCGACUACUACUACUUCGUCUACUUCUACCGUUCAUGUCACAGCUACUACUGUCCCGACCGCUUUUACCUUCACGGUUACUUCAACGAGGACGCUUCCAGGCUCUACCGUUGUGAUUACGUCGACAAGCACUGCUCCGGCAUCUACCACUACGAUCACGUCCACGAUCACGGCCGGAAGAGCUACCGCCGUGAUUACCUUAACGCGCACUCUCCCCGCGUCCACCUCUGUGGUUACUUCCACGAGCACGGCCCCGGGUUCUACCACUGUGGUUACGUCGACAACCACGUCCGCGGUUUCGAGUUCGGCAGCCCGCUCUUCCACUUCUUCAUCGCAGACCGUUAGCACGACUACCACGCCCGGUCCCAGCUCGACCUGUAGUAGCUGCACAUUGGGAGGCCCUUCUACCCACGCACCAAUCCCGUUCCCCUUCCGCCCGGGCUCUAACGCCCUCUGGGAGCACGACGACGAGUUUCCAUGGAACAUGCCGUCCGCUCCUACCGCGCCAGGCAAAGGCAGCGCCAAGGACAACGGGCAGAUGGAGUACGACAACAGGAUCGAGACGGGCGAGCAGGAGAUCGAGAACGUCGAUGGGAGCGAGGAGGAUACGAGGUGGCGCAACGAGGAUAAUGGGUGGAGGGCGAAGUGGGAGCAGGAGGUGCAUUGGGAUGACCAGCCGUUUGAGUGGAAUAUCAACAAGGAGGACAAAACGGUCAAGUUUAAGUGGAGCUGGGAUGACUAG